AUAGACAAAAGCUUCAAUCAUUUGAAUAUGAAAAAACCUUUUUCUUUGUCAUGCCAUAUAACUGUGCAAACCACUUUCAAACCUAUGCAAAUUUGAUUGUAGACCAGCUUGAACUACAGAACAAUUCUACCCCAUUCAUGGCCUCCAGAGACUCCACAGUGGAAAUACAAUCAUCCAGGAAACAAGAUGAUUCAGAGUUCAAUUUGACAGAAUGGGCAGUGAAAGCUCGAAUCAGCCGUGAGAACACAAAGUCAAGAAGGUACUCAGCAUCAUAUAUAAGAAGCUUUAGAGAAGACACACGAUCUUUUAGAUCAAAUAUAACCAUUUCUAGCACUGCUUCUUCUCCUGGACACCAACUAAAAGAUGAUCAAAUAGACCCUUCAACCUAUUCUUUCACUACUGCUCUUAAAGCAUUGCAAGCAAGGACAAUUCAUAAAAGUUGGGAGUACUUUUCUCCAGAUGGGUUUGCUUUGAAUUCUAAGUGGAAUGAGGCAGAAAAGUAUAUAUGCAACCCCCUUUCAGGGGAGGUACCAAUGGAGUGUUUAUCUGCAAAAACUCUAAGUGGAAGGUCAAACUCAACAGCAAAUGGAUUCAUCACCAUGGCUGCUCCUCUAGUUUAUUCAUCAAAACAGAUUAAAACCAAGCCAUCAACUUGCAUACAAGAAGAAGAAGCCCUUCAAUUUUAUAUUCCAGAAAAGAAUAAGGAGGGAAUAACAAGAGAUGCAAGUACUCAAAAUACAUCUCCUUAUCCUAGUUCAAGCAACACCAGCAUUGCUUUAACUCCAUCCAUCAUAGAGAGAUCAACAAAGCUAUCUGAAGACUCACUAAGUUCAGAUGCCAAAACAAAAUCUGAGGAAGAGGUGGAGAUGAAGGAUAAAGAAACAGUAAGAGAAGAGCAUGAGUUUAGGCAGAAAGAUGAGCAAUUUUGCAGGCAUGGUGGGUGCUUUUCAUGGAUAUGGAUGAAAAAGCAGAGAAAGAAAGACAAUGAAGGAAUGACAUAUAUUUCACUAGUUUCGAAGUUUGCUAAAGAAAGAAAGAUGCUGAAAAGUGAAAAAGGACUAGUGUAGGAUCUCAGUUCUCACACUCACUUCAGCAAUUUCGCAGUGCAUUAUUACCAUAAAAAGAAAAGUUUAGAACAAUUGCAAGUGUGUGUUGAGACUUGAGUCUUAUGUCUGUGUUAAGUAGUUCAAUGGUCAGUAAUGAUAUAUGUUUUGUUCUUGUGGUGAAAAUUUGGCUAGCAGCUCACGUACAGGCUUAUCUAUUUGUGCAUUUUGAAACGCAAGGUUCUUAUCUUCUAUCUCU